AUGGAGAAGCAGAACCCUUCCUUGGAACCAUUGUCCAACAAGUCUCCAUCUUCUCCCUCUGGUGACACUCUCACUCCCAUUAUCAAUCCAACCAGCAACAAUCUGCAGGGUGAAAGCAUCAUGAAAACCCCUUGGCAAGUCUUGGAGGAACUCUGUGGUGAAAGCAGUGAUGAUGACAGUGGUGGUGAGGAUGACCUUGGUGGUGGAAGUGGUAAUUACAGAAGAGAAGAGAAUGGUGUUAGUGGUGGUAGUAGUGAUGAUAAUAACAACAAUGAUGGAGUUGGUGGCCGGAGUAGUGGUGGGGCUCCUCCGGUGGCUGUGGCAGUGGCAGUGGGUGGUGAUGGUGGUGGUAGUGGUGGUAGGAUGGAGAUGGUGGAGGGUGCUGUUGUGAAGGAGGGAGUGCUGGCGAAAAAGAGAAAGACCUCUAUAGUGAGAGACCCUCCAAUGGGGAAACCUACUUGUCCUCUUUGUUUCAAAGAGUUUCCAUCAUGGAAGGGUGCGUUUGGCCACAUGCGGGCACACCCUGACCGUGAUUAUCGCGGUUUCUUCAAACCUCCUGCCUUUGGAUCCCCAUCCUCAACCAAGGGUAACAAGGGUAACACCUCGCAGAGUGGUGAUGGUGAAAACAAGAGUACUGGUGAGGUUAACCAUGGGGAGAAAGGGCCGUCAUUGCCACCUAUUCAAGCGCUGAUGUUUGAUCUGAAUGAACCACCUGCAAAGGAGAAUGCUGCUGAGCCUGUUGCAGAAAAGACUGAUGAGAAUGGAAUGAUCUUUCGAUUUGAUUUGAAUGCUGCGGAGGGCAGUGUUGUUGGAUUUGACUUGAAUAAGAUGCCCUCGGCUGAAGAAUGA